AAAAUAAGAAAUAUCAAAAUACUUAAUAGAAAUUUAUUUUCAUCUCAAAACUUAAAAGAAUAGCCAACCUGAAGAAAUUGCAGAAAAAACGAUUGGUGUUCUAUCUAGCGGAAAAUGUAGUUAACACUGUGUCAAAAUAAAAUAAAAUCAAAAUGUCAGAUGAGGAAGCUGGUUCUUCAAAAAAAGUAAAAUUAACUGCUGUACAAAAAUUACGUAUAGAACAGAAUCGUCUCAAGGCUCUACAAAUAAGAAAAGCUAAAUUAGCCGCCAAACAGGAGGAUAAUGUUGUCAAGAUUUCAGGUACUAGAUUUGUUGAUAGUGGUGGUGGAUUUUUGGUUGAACAAUCUAUAAUUAAUGGUGAAAAUGAGCCGAUUUAUUCAAUUCCGAAACUGAAAGUUGAUGAUGAUAAAAUAAAUUUACCAAUUACAUACUUUGAUUGCAUUGAAUGUGACAAGAAAUUUGCCGAAUCUUAUUUGCAAAAAAACUUUGAUUAUUUAGUUUGCGAUAACUGUCGAGAUCCAGAUGAAGCUCAUUCCUUGAUAACAAGAACAGAAGCUAAAACAGAAUAUUUAUUAAAAGAUUGUGAUUUAGAUAAACGGGAGCCACUUUUAAAAUUUAUAAAAAGAAAAAACCCGCACAAUGUUCGAUGGGGCGAAAUGAAAUUAUAUUUACAUUUGCAGAUUGAACAAAGAGCUCUUGAUGUCUGGGGAAGUGAAGAAGAAUUAUUGAAGCAGCGUGAAGAAAGGAGUGAUAAACGAGAAAUAGGAAAAAUUAAAAGAUUUAAUAAAAGAAUGAAACAACUUCGCAUGGAUGUUCGCAGUAGUUUAUAUGACAAAACAAAAUCGGCAAGCCACACUCAUGAAUUUGGGCCAGAAACUUACAAUGAAGAGGAAGAUAAUUACACGCAUGCAUGCUUAACUUGCGAGUAUGUUGAAACAUUCGAAAAAAUGUAAAUCAUUUAUUUACCAAUACUAAAAUAAAUUUAUACUCAUAGAAGCUUAUCAUGAAUCUGUAUUAGAAUUAAAAAAGCGUUUUUUAUGAA